ACCAAAAUCAAAAAAAUCACGUUUCGAAUGUAUGGAAAAAGAUUUCUCGAGAAUUUGGUUUUAAAAUCAUGGUUUUCUACUUUACUAGCAAUGCCUCCCCACCAGAGACAUACACCAUCUACAUGGGGUUAGAUAAAUUUGAAAAUGAAGAUCUCAUCAAAUGGGGUUUCCCUGAAGAUAUUUGGUUUCAUGUUGACAAACUGUCGUCAGCUCAUGUAUAUCUACGACUGCCCAAGGGAAAGAACAUAGAAGCUAUUCCACAAGAUGUAUUGAUAGAUUGUGCACAAUUAGUAAAAGCAAACAGCAUUCAAGGUAACAAAAUGAAUAAUAUAACAGUAGUCUACACCCCAUGGUCAAACCUUAAGAAGACGGCAGACAUGGAUAUUGGACAAAUUGGUUUCCAUAGUGAUAAAGCUGUAAAAACAGUGAAAGUUGAAAAAAGAAGGAAUGAAAUAAUAAAUCGACUCAACAAAACAAAAAAAGAAUUGUUUCCAGACUUCAGAGAAGAAAGAGAAGAAAGGGACAGACAAGACCGGGAAGAAGCUAAAAAACAUAUGCGUGAACAGAAAAAUAGAGAGAAGGAAGAAGAGAAAAGAAGGAAAGAAGAAGCAGCUUUAAGGGAUUACUCUACACUUUUAACUGAAGAUAAAAUGCGUUCAAAUCGAGAAUGUAUUUCAGAUGAAGAUGACUUCAUGUAAGUGGAGCAUGGUCAGGUCAGUGUUGACCAAUAUCUAACCCUCUGCAGACAAUAAAAUUUCAUCAAACACUUCAGGCUCGCCAAAUAUAUAGCAAGAACACAUUUUACGAUAAUGUCAUGGCAACAAUUAAACCAAUUUAUUGGGGAAACUUUUGGAUGUUCAGUGGCAUUCAUGCAAGUUUAUUUUUAAUUCUAGUUAUAAAAAUAAUGUUUUCAGUCUUCUAUUAUCCAAAUAACUGCUAGGUGUUAUCGAUGAUGAAAAAGGGGAAACUAYAUUCAGGUUGAGCUUUUUAAAGAUAAAUAGAUUUAACCAGUA